AUGGUAUUGGUUUUAGUUGUCCGAUCUGUGGUUACAGAUGAUUCCGGAACGUAUGUUUGCCGUACAGGAAGACAGGAGGGAAAUCAGUUUAUUGAAAUGGGUCGUAGAAGUGUUAAUGUCAUAGUAAGGAAAAGCAUCGUGGCUACAGACUGUCCGAGAGACCAAUGGAUUCCUGUAUUAGAAGAGAAUACAAAUUGUUGGGGCAACGGUACAGACUGUGGAGGACCUACUGCUACAGUUCGAUGUAUAGUCGAGGCCUUUCCUGCACCUACAAUUCACUGGCGUUUCAAAGGUGUUCAGCUAACUACAGGUACAAAAUAUAUCAUAACAACUUUUGGGAUAACGAUUAUUAAUCCAACAACUGAAGAUUCUGGUAUAUAUACGGUGAUUGCCAGACAACCACAACAAACUGCUGUCUUCGAUUUGCAAAUUUCUGCAUUCAGCCGUCCACGUAUAACUUCGGGUCCAUCAAUCGUUAGACAUACAACAAUACUUUUGUAUCUGGCAGAGAAGCAUAUCUUCAAGGUAUCUUAUCCUGAGGAUUCAGGCAGCUAUAUAUGCCGAGCUGUUAUUCCUGUUCCUGCAACGUAUUCUGGUUCCACUUUAGUGACAACAACUGAAGCCCAGAUACCUAUCGAAGUUACACUUCCUCCCACAUUAAUACCGCUCACAACUAUGCAUAGUUACGUAGAACUAGGAGGUACUGCUACCGUGCAAUGCCGAGUACGUGCUACAACGCCAUUGGAGUUAUAUUUCAAGCGUUUUAAUUCAAGCACAUCUUACAUAAGCGGUGUCCAAACUGGUGAUAAACGUAUUCGUGUGUGGAGAGAAAAUGAUGUGAAUGAUCCAUUAAAUCAUAAUUUAUUUUUAACAAUUAAAAAUACGACUUUAGACGAUACAUGGAACUAUAGUUGUCAUGCAGUUAAUCAAGGUAAUUCUUCUUGGUGGAAUACAACAAUUCAAGUGAUGCAAACGCCUCAAAUCUUGUUACAUUCAACUUUAAAUACAGAUAGUGAACUAAGUGAAUUAAGAUUUGGUUGGCGGUAUCAAGGAACCAAUGUAACUUGUAUAUCACGUGGAAUGCCACAUCCAACAUGGACUUGGUAUCGUCGUGGUGAGCAAAUAUUAAAUGGACAAAAUUCGACAUUUGUAAUAAUUAGUUAUGAUUAUUGGGAUCAUAGUCAAUCAUGGCUCCAAAUUACACCUUGUUUAUACACGGAACAUUUCAUAUAUGAUGAUUAUGUAUGCAAGGCGACAAAUAUCAAAGGGACAAACGAGAGUAAGGUUAGCUUUCGACGGGCUUCCGUUCCUGGACAACCGAGAUUAGAAAGCUAUUCAGUCACACAGUCAACGAUAUUUUUUAAUGUUAGUCCUCCUGUUAACACUGGAGGUAUGGCGACUUUAGCAUACGAAUUAACUUAUAGAGCUUUUGGUGGGCCUGAAGGAUGGUAUGGUCCUGUUACAUAUCCAUUAGAUGGGUCAAGAAGUUCUGGUAAGCCAAAGUUCGAAUUGACUGGUUUACUUGGUGAUACUAAUUAUCAGCUAAAGUUAUUGGCACGUAGCAUUGUUGGACAAGGUAUACCGUACAGUUUUUCAAUCACCACGGCUUCUAGUACUCGUCCAGGUCCUGUCGAGGUUAUUCACUCAGCAACUGGAAUUUAUCCAUAUGGACAUGUAGUAAAUUGGAUUCCACCAAUGAGUGGUGGCUCUCCUAUUCUGGGCUAUAGAAUUCGUGUUCGAUCUGUCGACAAUGACUUGAAUUUAAUUAGUAUGAUAGAAAAUAUUUCACCAUCUAGCUCGUGGAAGGUGUAUACACCAUCAUUCAAUAAUCCUUAUAUGGAUUAUUAUCAUUUGGCUCCAUUGAAACCAGGUCAAACAUAUCAAUUGAUUGUAGAAGCUUAUAAUCGCCAUGGUUACUCGCUAGAUGGUAUUGAUAUUAAACAAUAUGGUUAUUUAAAUCGCACACCGACAUCAACACCUCAACUUCAACAAAUAUUUCCCGGUGAAAGAUUAAAUUAUCAAAAUUCUGAUAUAUUAUCAAAUCCUGUUAAUUCUUUAAUGAAUUUCAAACAGUCUGAUCUUGUUCCUAUAUGGUAUUUAUUUGAGACACCGUCAGCUGAUGAAUUAGAUCCUCCACCGCUUAUAUUCAGCCAAAGUUCAUCUAUAUAUAACUCCCAUCAAAUUAUUUUAUUACUGGGAAUUCAUACUUUCAUUGCAUAUAUAUUCUAUUAA